AUGGAAUACCACAUCGAGUACACCCCCCAGGAUCCUAUAAACGGGGAAAAGCAGACGUUUGUGGGGCAGGGCUAUAUUGACAGGGCCAUUUUGAAGAAAAAGAAAAACUGUCUCAUCCUCCUGUCCGUCUCCGCCAUUUGCAUAUUCGUGUACUCCGCAUUUUACUUCACGAAACCCGCAAAAAGGGAUGGAGGGUUUACGUACGAAAUUGCGGACAAAGUAGACGAUGAUUACAUAAUGAAUUUUCUGCUAAAGAGCCAAAAUGGAAGAAAAUUUAUCGCAUCCAAAGUGCAGGAGUUAAUAUCGACCUAUGACAAGAAGGAGGAUAAUCUUCCCCCUCUGCAUGGAGGCACAUAUAAACGCUUUGCAAAGAGAGACAGAUGCACAGGAAAUAGAUGCACUGUUAGUCCGUAUAGGAAGAAUGCAGCUGAGGUGGACAUGUCAGGCGAGGCCAACCUAGUCAACACUCUCAUUGACACCACAUCUUUGAUGGCCAACUUGGAGACUGUGAAUUCGUUCUACCUCUUUGUGAAGGAGCACGGGAAGAAAUACAAGACGGUAGAUGAAAUGCAACAGAGGUACCUAUCCUUCGCGGAUAACAUGGCAAAGAUAAAGUCACACAACAGUAGGGAGAAUGUGCUCUACAGAAAAGGAAUGAAUCAGUUUGGAGAUCUCUCCUUUGAAGAAAUUAAGAAGAAAUUCUUGACCCUGAAGAGCUUCGACUUUAAUUCACAUGGUACUAAAUCACCACGAUUUAGAAAUUACGAUGACAUAAUUCAUAAGUACAAACCGAAAGAUGGAACUUUCGAUUACGUAAAACAUGACUGGAGAGAGUUAAACGCGGUAACUCCUGUGAAGAACCAACAGAAUUGUGGUGCCUGUUGGGCGUUUAGCUCAGUAGGAGUUGUAGAGUCGCAGUAUGCAAUUCGAAAAAACGAGUUAGUCUCUCUAAGUGAACAAGAAAUGGUGGAUUGCUCCUUCAAAAAUUAUGGGUGUGAUGGAGGCAACAUCCCAAUAGCCUUUGAGGAUCUACUUGAUUUAGGAGGCAUCUGCAAAGAAAAGGAUUACCCAUAUGUGGAUGUAACUCCAGAACUUUGCGACACUGACAGAUGCAAGAAUAAGUAUAAGAUUACAACCUACGUAGAGAUUCCUCAACUUCGAUUUAAGGAAGCAAUAAGAUUUUUAGGACCCAUCAGUGUGAGCAUUUCUGCAAAUGACGAUUUUGUCUACUACGAGGGAGGCCUCUUUGAUGGCUCCUGUGGGUUCUCUUCCAACCAUGCCGUCAUCCUUGUCGGCUACGGCAUGGAAGAGAUGUAUGAUGCCAUGACCCGAAAGAAUGAAAAGCGCUACUACUUUUUGAUGAAGAAUUCUUGGGGAGAGAAAUGGGGAGAAAAAGGAUAUAUGAAGAUUCAGACGGAUGAGUACGGAUUGAUGAAGACUUGCGAGCUGGGUGAGCAGGCCUUCGUGGCUUUAAUUGAUGAAGUUUGA